AUAUAUUGGCACACACAAUACAGCGCACCAGGAAAAGCGUAUUCAGAAAGUGAUGAUCUCUGGGACGCCAUUCUCCCUUCCCAUGGCUUUAUUGCAGUUGACCGCCAAUGGGCCGCCGUUCGGAAUUGGCCGGACACUAUGUCCAUGCCUAACGACACCAGCAAGGGAAUCUAUCUGCUCGAGGCUUACCAUCAUUUACACUGCCUCUGCUACGCAGACAAUACUCCGCUCUACACCUUUGGGAAAUUCACGGCUGGUGGUGGUCAAGUGCAUCAAUGCAGAAAUUGGAAUGAACUUCGCGACUUUGCCACCAGCCAUACCGCUUGCUAUCGAGAUAGUGUCGAGCCGAUUCCCCUGGGAGCUCAUUUUGGUUUCUGUGAC